AUGACUGAGGAAAUUGAGACUCACAUUAUACAGAAGUAUGAAAUAAUCUAGAAAAUGGGAAAAGGAGCUUAUGGCGUUGUGUGGAAAGCAAUAGUUCGAAAAACAAAAUAAAUAGUUGCUCUGAAGAAAGUAUUUGAUGCUUUUCACAAUGCAACAGAUGCACAACGAACAUUUCGAGAGGUCAUGUUUUUACAAGAGAUGGCUCAUGACAAUGUUAUUAGAAUGACAAAUAUUCAUAAGGCUGAUAAUAACAAGGAUCUUUACAUAGUUUUUGAUUUCAUGGAAACCGAUCUUCAUGCAGUCAUUCGAGGUGGAAUUCUUGAAGAGAUUCAUUAAAGGUAAAGCUUUUACUAAUUUAGAUAUAUACUCUAUCAAAUUCUCAAAGCACUUAAGUAUAUUCAUUCAGCUGAAAUUAUUCAUCGGGAUUUAAAACCUUCUAAUGUUUUAUUAGAUGCAGAAUGUAAUGUAAAAGUUGCAGAUUUUGGACUUGCAAGAAGUCUUUUAAUGCCCUUUGAUGAAAAUGCCAUUUUGACUGAAUAUGUAGCAACUCGUUGGUACAGAGCUCCAGAGAUCCUUCUAGGAUCCACUUUCUAUACAAAAGCUGUCGAUAUGUGGUCAGUUGGAUGCAUUUUAGGAGAAAUGAUAAAUGGCAAACCUAUAUUUCCUGGGAGUUCUACUCUGAAUUAAAUUGAAAGAAUUAUUGAAGUUAUUGGUAGACCAUCAACAUCAGAAUUAGAAAGUGUAUAAGCCCCCUUAGCUUCCUAAAUUGUCAAUAAUAUUCCAAAAGGAGCCAGAAUUGGAUUUACUAAUUAUUUUCCUAAAGCAACACCUUAAGCUUUAGAUUUAAUUCGAAAAUUGUUAUCAUUUAAUCCUCAUACCAGAAUAACUGUAGAGGAAGCUUUGAGACAUCCUUACGUCAAUGCAUUUCAUAAUGAAUUGUAAGAGACAACAACAAACCCAAUUAAAAUAUCAAUGAAUGAUAAUAAGAAAUUUAGUAUUAAGGAAUAUAGGGAAGCAUUAUAUUUAGAAAUAACUAAAAAGUAUGAUUAGAAAAAUGAGAAUAAAAUUGAAAAUAAAUUUGAGAACUCUUUAAAAGCUAAUGAUGUACUCUAACAAUAAUAAGAAAGAAGAAGAACCUAAAGCUUUCAAUAACCAUCAAAAAAACCUGUGGGGCCUUCAAAUACAACUCUUCCAACCGAAUAACCUAUAAUUAGAUAAUCUGACACUAAUAUUAUGUAAUAAAUCAAAGAUUAUGGCAACAGAGAAGUUUAAUCAAAGGAUUAUUGUAUAAAAGAUUAUCUCACAAAAGAUUACAGCUCAAAGGAAUAUUUUGGAUAAUAAAGUGUGAAUAUGAGCAAAGAAUUUAUUAAUGGCUAAUUUGGUAAAGAAGUAAAUAAAGAAAAUUUAAGAUCAAAGAAUAUGAUUGAAGUUGCAAAUCAUAACAAUAAAUUAGAAAGAGAUGCCUCCUUAUCCAAAAAAUAGAUUUUGUCUAUGUGGACAUAACCUAAUCAAAAACCAUAAAUUUCUAAUCCGCAAUAAAGGCCACCUUCAGUAAGUGUGUAUGCAGCUUUAAAUUAAAAUCCAAAUAAUUAAUUAAAAUAAUAAUAAUAGUAAUAAUAAUAAUCGUAAUAAUAAUAAUCAAAUAACGUGGCUACUUAAAAAAGAAUGAGUAGUAAAAUGCCAACUAGUGGUACAAGCACUUCUUUUUAUUUUCCACCAGAAAAAACUAACUCUAGCUUUAAUAAUGGAAAAAAAAUUUCUAAAGACAAUAGCUUCUUAAUUGAUUAAAAUGUUUAAAGUAUAUAAAACAUACCAUAAUCUUCUAUGCCUUAGUAACCAUAAUAAGCUGGGCUAUAUUAAAAAAGUAAGAUUCAUAAAUUCUAUAAUUCUAGCAGUGAGUAUGAAUUAUUAAACCUAUUUGAUACAAAAAGGUAUUCCUGAUUAAAGAAGCAAAUAAAACUUAGUUAAUCAUUAAAGAACAUAAUCCUAAUUAGGAGCAAAUAAUAGCGUUCUUAUUAAUCGAUGCAAAGAAUUCUUGUAAAAUAUGCAUACCAUUAAAUAAUGA